CUCACGCUGACGGUAAAACACCUCGGCGUCACCAAGCAGCACGACUGAGGAGGAAGCAACAUGUGCUGAUCAUAAUAACUCUACACACACCAGCAGCGGAGCGCGAUCAGAAGAGGGUCUCACACACACACACACACACACACACACACACCGCUCUGUCCGGACUCCCAGAACCCCCCGAGAACUCGGCAUCAUGAGAAGAGAGGUGAAGGCUGCCGUGAUCUUCUUCAAGCGUUUGGCUGUGGCCCGAGGCAAGCUCGACCUCGUAAAGGCCGACCUGUUUGCUGAGAAGCUUCAGCAAGUCAUGUCUGACAAAUACACUGGUCACUGGUAUCCUGAGUGUCCCACUAAAGGCCAGGCAUACCGAUGCAUUCGGAUUAACAACCAGUCGCCGCCUGAUGAUAUGCUCCUGAAAGCAUGUAAGCAGAGCGACAUCCCAUACAGCAGCCUGGGACUCCCGCCUGAGAUCACCGUGUGGGUCGACCCUCUGGAGGUUAGCGUGAGGUCUGGGGAGAAUGGCAGGCCUUUCACCAUUGCCAGAUUCAGUCCUAAUGAAGAACAGGGUGAUCCCAUCGACGAGUCAUCCAACGUGGACACGUCGGAUUAUCAUUCUGAGACCUCCUCCGAUUGCAGCUCCAUUGUGUCAAGCGACACGGAGGAAGACCCAAAGGAUGGCGAGGCCAAGGAUAAGCAAGCAAAACCCGGGCCGGCCAUCGACAAGGAAGCGGUGAAAGGCGCCACCUACACUAUAGCAAUGGUUCCCAGGGUUCGCACCCGACCUGUCGACGGACAGCCGAAGGUCAAAGUCGUCAGACCAAUGGUCGCCGGCAGCCUCCCCUACAUGCCCCACGGAGCGCCCGUCUGGACUCCAUAUCCGAAGCCGCCGCCGAUGUUCCUCACUCCGGUGUGCACGCCGCUGCUACCUCCUCCUCCUCCACCUCCUCCCCCGCACCCCCAGCAGGUCUACGGGUACUUCGUCCUGCAGCCCCAGUCUCAACAGUUCAUGGUGCCUCAGGCCUCCCUGCAGCCGUGGGAACCCCCCCUGCUGUAACCUGGAUGGGGGGGACACGGAGAGCCACGUCAGCUCCUUCCACUGAGCCGCGUGUCGCCGGGUGACUUCACACAAGCCGAAAAAAGAACCUCUUGAACUCUAAAAAAAAAAACCUGUUCCUUGCACAAUAUGUUUUAAUUCCUUAUUGUGAACUUGAGUGUAAAUUGUUUUUAAUUUGUCUCUGCGAACUUACUUACUGAGAUAUAUCACAGGUUAAGAAGGACUUCGUUGAAGUUAAACAAGCUCAGGAACUCUCAGCAAUAAGUUUUAUGCCAAAUAAUUAUGUAUUUUUUUUUUUCCUUUUGUUGUGUUCAUCUCUUCUGUUUGUCGUUCACUCAGCUGGACUCGACUUUCAGGGUUUAAUGUACUGUAGCAUCAGAGAUGAUAUUUGUAUAAUAAGGAUGUUUUUUUUUUUUUUUACUGAACAUCUGGUAAACUAAACAAAAAAAAUGCCUUUUGUAAAUUUACAGUCUCACCUUUUUGUUGUAAUUUAUUUUUCCACAAAUGAAUUCAUAAAAAUUGUGUAUUUUUGGUCAACUUUGACUGAUAUAUUUUGCAAAUGUGACUUCACAGAACACAGGAGGGGUUUUUAAAGCCCUCUUUGUUGGUGAAAACACACUGCGGUGUAUCUUUCAGGGAUGUCUGCUCACUUGAAGCUGCUCUGUUACAACUCUUGUUUUUGAAUGAACAUUCCUCUCAAUCAAAUCUGCUACGGCUUUAUAAUCAUGUUAUUCAAAUGCUUGUAAUGAAAUGCUUACGUGCUGAUUUUUGCUGUUGUUGCCACUUUAAAGCUCACCUGUAUGCAUUCCUUACAACUUUUGCAUUGGCCUUUCCACAGCAAAAAAUAAAUCACCUUUUUUCCGAACUUAAAAACUGUCGAGUUUCUUUGAUAGUUAAAUAACUUUCCAGCAAUACAUUGACACUGAAUAGUCAUGUGAAGGUCUUAACACUUAAAAUCUGAACC